ACGGAAAUGGACGCUUCUCCCAAUUGGCUCGCCUUUUCCCUCUCCCACCACCUCGCUCGCUUCGAAGCCUUCUCCGCCGCACCUCAUCACGGUGAAGAGGAGGGGAUGGAGGAGGGCUGCGGCGGUGGCGCUGGAGGGGAGCUGGCGGUGCAUCCGGUGGAGGGGCCGAAACUAGAGGACUUUCUUGGCGGUUGUGGAGGGUUUUCCGGAGGUCAUGCUGCUGCGGCAGAGACGGCUACUGCCAGUGGGGGCUUCGCCGCUGGAUUCCAGCAGAAUUUCCUGGCGGAGCGUUCUGAUUCAUCGGCCUCCGCAACGGCAGCGGUGACGAAGGCGGAGCCAAGGAGGGUGGCAGAGACCUUCGGGCAGAGGACUUCCAUCUACCGUGGAGUCACCAGGCAUCGGUGGACAGGGAGAUACGAGGCGCAUCUAUGGGACAACAGCUGCCGCCGGGAGGGGCAGAGCCGCAAAGGCCGCCAAGUCUACUUAGGCGGCUAUGAUCAAGAGGAGAAGGCAGCAAGGGUGUAUGAUUUAGCGGCGCUCAAGUACUGGGGUCCCAACAUUGCUACCAACUUUCCGGUGUCGAACUAUGCGAAGGAGCUGGAAGAGAUGAAGAAUACGUCACGUCAGGAGUUCGUGGCGUCCCUGAGAAGGAAGAGUAGUGGGUUCUCUAGAGGAGCCUCCAUAUAUAGAGGAGUCACCAGACACCACCAGCAUGGCCGAUGGCAGGCCAGAAUUGGGAGAGUAGCUGGCAAUAAAGAUCUAUAUUUAGGAACUUUUAGUACACAGGAGGAAGCUGCAGAGGCUUACGACAUUGCGGCAAUCAAGUUCCGGGGGCUCCAUGCGGUGACAAACUUUGACAUGAAUCGCUACGAUGUUGAGAGCAUCAUGAACAGUGACCUCCCCAUAGGUGGGGUAUCUAGCAAGACCUUCAAAGCCUCGGAUUCAUCAUCGGCGUCCUCGGAAUCCAAUGCCAGGCAUCAAAUUGGUGGGGACGAUUUCAUUACCCUGGCCUCAGACCAGGACAACUGGUCUUUACUAGCUCUCCACCAGCAGCAGCAACAGCAACAGAGAAAUCUGGCGUUGGGUUUUGAAGUAUUUGGCUCAGGUGUUAAUAUGGAUUUAUCUGCUGCUGCUUCUGCUGGUCGUAUAGGUCAAGGAACAGUGGGGAGCGUUGUGUGGAACGGUGGGAUGGUUCAACAGCAACAGCAAAGCCAGAGAAGGAGUUGUUCUUCAGUUCCUUAUGCUACUCCUACUACCAUGGUGGUCGGCUACGGGGGUUCCGGUUAUGUGGGGCGGAGCUGGGUCACGCCACCUUACUAAUUACAAAUGGGGUGCAAAGCCUACGGUCGCAGCCUUGCAUACAGCCCUUUAUGGGAUGGAAUGAUGCCCUUCAUGGGAUGAAAUGAUGCCAAUGGGUGGGAGAAUCAGGGAACACUGCAUUAGAAUGCAGAAAGAAAAAGAAACGCAGAGAGAGAGAUGAUUUGAACCGACGAAGGACGGAAGGAAUGGGAAGAUGAUGGUGGACUAACAUGACGUCUAAAGUUUGCUCAUGGUCAGGUUCCUUUACUUUGUGCCAAUCUUUUCCUGACAUGAUUCUAUACCAUAUCAUCAUCAUCAGCCUCGUAUCAACAAGAGACCUUUAUAUCUUUUUCUCUUGGCCAAGUUCUUCUUCGCUUGUAUUCAGCGACUUAUGAAAAACCCAUUUAAGAUGUCUUGUAUGUUUUUGAAUGUCUGAUAUUAGAAACUCUUUCAAUUCUCUAGUGAAUGCAUUUCUU